AUGUUCUUCUUCCAACCUCACCUCACCGAUACCGACACCGACGUCAUGGGUGAUCUAUUUGAGUCGAAGUUCCCUGGCUUGGACCAGCGUGAAUUCAUCGCCCUUUCAAACCUCCUCUCGCUUCGAAAUGAUGGACUGGCGGAGCCAGUUUGUUCACUCUAUGACGAUGAAGAUGGAGAGCCAGAAAAUCAAAACGAUAAAAAAGAAUUUCUUCAUUCAUUGCGGAGCGAGAUGCUCACGUACUAUUGUCCUCGGCUCGAGAGCACCUAUGUCCCAAACCUGAAGUCGAACUUGAAGGAAUGCUGUCGCAUUUUCCAUGAUGAUGAAGACGACAACUUUGUCCCAGCCUGUCGGCACCUUCGAGCUCGUCCUCAACUGAUCUUCAGCAAGGAUUUACCCGGCCGGGCGUUGAGUUUCAAAUACUGUCAUUGCUACAAGAGCUUACGGGGUACGCAUGACGAAGCUAGCCCGAGAACUGCUCCUAUGUUCACCACACAGCACAACUCAAGCCAAGGAACUAUGUGA